AUGAGCCAUCCAUACAGCAGCCGAGCACAGAUACGUGCCAAUCUUUUGAACGAUAAUCCGUACUCGUUCGAGCAGCAGCCGCGUGCGCAGCCGCGAUAUCAACAGCCAAGGCCUGUCCAGCAGCCUCCAAGACAGUAUGUUCAGCAACAGCCGUAUGUGCAACAGCCAGCGACGUUUGUUGCGCAUCCCCUGCAGCAGAACCCGUACGAUGCACCACAGCAGCCAGUUCAGCCAAUUCAGCCCGCUCAGCAUAAUCAACCUAUUCAGCCUCUUUACCAUGCUCAGCCGGUCCAAUACCCGCGUCCGCAGCAGCAAAGUGGCUCAAAACCCUAUAUUCAGGGCCCCAGACCACAGCCAGCUAAUUACCGUGAACAGUACGGGUAUACUCAGAAUCCUCCUCGUCCUUACAACCACAACCAUCACCAGUCUCUUCCAUACCCGCCAGAGCACGAACUUCAGCGGCCACAGCCGCAAUUGAGAUCCACUUCAUACAAUGACGACUAUGCAAACGAGCAUUAUGGUUCUGCAGAGCCUGAGCUUCGAGCUAACGAGUACCCAAAAUCUGCGCCGACCGAGCCUUUGAGACUGACAUCGCGGCCAGCCGCUUCACGUUCUCCUGAGGCACAGGUGCCGCCGCCUUCCAAGCCGAAUGCCCAAUCAGUGGAUAACGAAAGAAUCAACCAGCUCGAGGACAAAAUAAUGCAGCUGGAAAAAAUGCUAGCUCUUCAGGACCUCGCGUCGAAAAACGACUCGCUUACGUCUGUUUCCAGCGACUCCAGCAGUAUCAAGGCCAAGGAUGAAUUCAAUUUCACGGCGCCGAGCAUGGGGGCCAGUAGAAUAAGUCUGCCGACCUCAGAGAAAUCUGUUAAGUACGCGUCCCAGAACUCGCAAACGACGGACUUGGCGGGCGCUCCUCCUUUGCCGCCCCCGCCGCCCGCAGAACAAAGAUCCAUUGCCAACAGUCCGGUGGCAAACGUUUUUCUUUCGUCUGGACUCGACGAUAGAAGCGGAACCAGGGACAGUGCUACGUCUUUGACCUCUGGCGAAAAAGAACUCGUCAAAGAGUUUCUGGACUCGCCGGGGAAAUUGUCCAACGACGCUGAAGAUGAUCUUCCUCCUUCAUACGAGGAACUGGAGAAGUCUGGAACUCUGACGUACUCGCAGUCGAUCUACCGUACUGGGUUCGAAAAAGCAGGAAUCCACAUGGAUCACAUGGAAACUCCAGCAGUCAAGCGUCAUGCUCAGAAGCAACCGCAAACGGGCCAUUCGUCGCCAACCCUGAAGUACAAGCGGAAAUUGCCUCCUCCUGCGUCGGAGUCGGUCGAGAAGAUGCUGGAAGGACAGAAAGAAAAUAUUUUGAGUCCACCUACGUUGCCAGAACCACCAAAACGGCUGAUUAGCGAGUCAAGCGUGAGUUCGAGCGUAUACAGCGAGAAGACACCGGUAACUGGCGACUUGCCGGACCCCAAUGAAAGAGUUCCUCCUCUUCCAGAUCCCGACACUGAAGGGUCUGAAUUCCUGGAGAAAACCAUCAGAUACAUCAAGCCGAGCUCGUUCAAAAGACAUUCAAAUGGGGUCAUCGAGCCAAUACUACCGUCCAAGUCCACCGACUCCCUGGAUAGUCUCAUCAACGGUUUUGGAAUAAUCAGAGAAAAAGCAUUCAAGGACUACAAGAGCUUCACGCCGUCUAUCCAAUUCGAGUGGGCCAUUACCCUUCUUGAGGCCAUUGCUCGUUCAGAUUUAAUCUCAAAAAUGGCCAUCGACGGUAGGGUGAGGAAGUCACCUAUUCCGUUUAAGUCGCUGGCUCCCCAAAGAGAACAAUUCCUGAACACAGCGGUGAAGGUGCUGGAAAAAAUCAUCCAGAUAUCGCCAAACUCUACUAGAGCCCGUCUCUACCUUGGUGACAUUUAUUCCGGAGGUAUCCAUCCAGGUGUGCUGCCCAGAAACGAGGCCAAAGGGUACAAGCUAUUCUACGACGCUGCUACGAAACAGGAUGACCCGGUGGCUUGCUACAGAGUGGCUUGUUGUUUGGAGUCGGGAGUUGGCUGCGCCAAGAAUGUGGAACAGAGCUGUCGAUUCUUUGAAAAAGGAGCCCAGCUUGGGGAUCCGUCGUCAAUGUGCCAACUUGGAAUGCUAUAUUUUGCUGGAGUGAACGGCUUCCCGUUGGACAUCAGCAAAUCGGUUUACUGGCACGAGAUGGCGUACAGGGCGCUCAAAAAUCCCGACAUCAUGGGCUCUGAUCCUCUGGUAUCGGCAAGAUCGUUCAGCGAUUCGCGUGGUGCUCUUUAUACGCUGGCCAAACUGCACCAGACAGAUCUCAACAUUCUUUGUCUUGAUAAGGAUACGCCAAAGACGAAAGCUUCAGUGAGCCAAAUGAUGAAAGCAGGGAUCUUCAGAAACUCAUCCAAGACGCUCAACUAUUAUUUGGAAGCCGCCAAGCUGGAACAUCGCGAGUCGCAAGCGUCUCUUGGGUUCUACUAUGCCCAAGGAUUUUUCCCUACGGCUCAUUUCAAAUCUGACAAGGAGUCUAUGGGCGGCACUCCUGCUGCCAAAGACGCCAGACGGUCUAUCUACUGGUUCUCAAAGGCUGCGGCCGAUAAUCAUCCAUACUCUGCUCUAGGACUGGCCAAAUGGUACGGGUCUGGGGCCCCCGGAGUGCUCAAGAAAGACGACCAGCAGGCGUUUUUGUGGGGCCGCAAGGCUGCCGACGAGGGCCAGCUGGCAGAGGCCGAGUUCAUGGUCGGUUUGUGCUUUGAGCAAGGUUUUGGUGUGCAAAAGAAUAUCCAAUCUGCCAUUUCGUACUACAAGCGAAGUGGCGCGAAGGGCUACAAACGCGCGCUGAACAAGCUCAAACAGUUCAAAGAGCAAAGUAUGGAGGUGCAGUACUGA